AUGGUUCAGAAAUUCUACGUCACUUACAACCAGGUUCACAAGCUCUGCCAGAAGUCGGCAGGUGCUAUCCUGAAGGAGAACCCCCCCUCACUUGAUGAUCGCGAUUGGUGGUGGUGGCUAUGUUCCCGCUCGUAUCCUUCGGGUCCCGGUGAUCCCAACAUUCCUAUCCAGGCUAUUGGUCUGUCUCUCUACGAGGAUCUCGGCCGUGGCGAUGCCGAGGAGGUCCCUGGCACUAAGGUGACCCGCACGCAAUGGUUGGACCUGAGCUCUUUGGAGAUGGCCAACCUGAUUGGCAAGAACAUCCUCAUUGUUGAUGAGGUCGAUGACACCCGCACCACCCUCGAGUACGCCGUGCGUGAGCUCGAGAAGGACGUUCAGCUCGCUCAGAAGCAGCUUGGUCGCGAGGGUGAGAAGACCAACUUCUCCAUCUUCGUGCUGCACAACAAGAACAAGGAGAAGAAGGGUGUCCUGCCCGCCGAUAUGAUGGAGAGCCGCUACCACGCUGCCGUCACCACCGACGACGUGUGGAUCUGCUACCCCUGGGAGGCUCGCGAUAUUGACGAGCACGACGCUCUCGCAAAGGAGAACCCUAUCAUCUAA